AUGGCCAGUACUACUGAUUCUGGCUCUUGCAGCCCUCGACUAUCACUUUCGACUUCGGACUCAAUCUCAGAUAUUGGCACACCAGAGACGGAGAGAUCAACUCUUUUCAGCGGCUCACUGAGCAACUUCUUAUAUCCUGACCAGCAAUUCAUCGCCGUGGUUGGAGGACUUGGAUACAUUGGAAGCCAUACAUGUUUUGAGUUAUUGAAAGCGGGGGAGAAUAUAAUUAUCAUCGAUAACCUGAGCAACUCAUUUCGCGGUGUGUAUGAUCGCCUCGAGUUACUUUCCAAGCUCCACUAUGAAGGGCAUGAGAUAGAUGCACCGAUUAUGAGAUUCUAUGAGGCGGACUUUCGAGAUGAGACAGCCAUAAAGUCAAUCCUCAGCGAAUAUUCGCAGCCAAAUCGACGCUUUGCAACCACAGAUGACGACUCCGUCAUAACUUCAAGAAUCAAAGGUGUUAUACAUUUCGGCGCAUACAAAUCAGUAUCAGAAAGCAUUCGAAAUCCCCUCAAGUACUACGCAAACAAUGUUGCUGGCGUGAUUGAGUUAUGUGCAACUUUAAGGGACUACAAUAUCAAGAAUUUCAUAUUCUCAUCCUCAGCGACAGUAUAUGGCUCUCUUGCCAACUCUGGUGUCCCCCUGAAGGAGGAGUACUGCACUCAUCAGACGGAGAAUUUUGUCGAUCAUGAUGGCCUCAUCAAAACUACCUUUGGGGGCUGCACUGGCCUCACAAAUCCUUACGGUCGAUCAAAAUGGAUGUGCGAAGCAAUUCUUUCGGAUCUUGCGCUGGCAGAUCCCGAAUGGACAAUUAUCGCCUUGCGAUAUUUCAACCCCGUGGGAUGUGACGAGUCAGGACUUCUCGGUGAAGAUCCUCGCGGUGUACCAACAAAUUUGAUGCCGGUGGUCUUGAAUGUUCUUGCGGGUACCUUACCUGUACUUGAUAUUUUCGGAACCAAUUACCCCACUCCUGACGGCACAGCAAUUCGAGACUUCAUUCACGUUACCGACUUGGCUCGGGGACACAUUGCAGCCCUUGCGGCAACCUUCAACGAGCGAGUGCCGAAAGGUUUCAGAGCAUACAAUCUAGGCAGUGGUACUGGGAGCUCGGUUUUAGAUGUCGUUACUGCUGUAGAAGCCGUAUCGUCUACGAAAAUUCCGAUUCGGGCCGUCGACCGCAGAGAUGGUGACGUUGGAAUAUGCGUUGCGAUGCCAAAAAGGGCGGAAGUUGAGCUGGACUGGAAAACGCAGAAGUCACUAGAGACAAGUUGUCGGGACAUAUACAACUUCCUGGAGAAUAAAAAGGGGGGUCCAGUUCCCAUCGGCUGA